GCAGCGCUCCGGGGCGGGACUCCCGGUGCUCCCGCCCGUCUGACGCCACUUCCGGCGGGAGCCGCGGAGGUCCCGGUGCCGCCGCCUGUCCCGGGCUGAACCGAGCGGAGCCGAGCCAAGCGGGCCAUGGUGGUGCUGCGGGGCGGCGCGGGCCCUGAGGAGCCCUACCCGAGGAUUGAGGACUGCCUGCCCCCGCUGGGGGACUCCCCAGCCAAGAGGUUCUCCCCCUCCAAGAGGAAGCAGUACUUCAUCAACAAAGCCAUCCGCAACUCCGACCUCACCCCGCGGGCCAAGGGGCGCAAGAGCCUGCAGAGGCUGGAGAACACUCGCUACCUGAUGACGCUGCUGGAGCGGGACGAGUGCGGCAGUGAUGAGGGGGAGCUUGCCCACUCUGCCACCCCGAGCAUCUUCACUGAGGCCUGCAGCAACGAGACCUACGUGGAGAUCUGGAAUGACUUCAUGAACCGGUCUGGGGAAGAGCAAGAGCGAGUCCUGCUCUACCUGGAGGAGGAAGCCAGGAAGAAGCACAGGAGGAAACUGCCUGUCAAGAAUGAAGAGAAGUGGAAAGAGCACCCUGCCUACACCCCCCAGGAGUGCUUCCAGCGCAUCAGCCGCCGCCUGCGCUCCACUCUGAAGCGAGGUCGGAUCCCCAUGGGCACGCUGGAGGGCCUGGAGGAGGAGCUGCUGGCCUUCUUCUCUGUCACUCCUCGCUCUGUCUACACAGCGCUGAUGGACAACAGCUUCGAGCGGCUGCUGCUCCAUGCACUCUGCCAGUACAUGGACCUCGUCUCUGCCAGCUCAGACAUCGAAGGGAAACGUCAAAUGAAAGUGAGCAACAAGCACCACAUCUUCCUGCCCCCCGAGCUCCUGCUCUCAGACUACCUGGGCCAGAUGAGCUGAUACCUCCCGCCGAGGGCCGCCCUGCCCCUCGCUUGGUGCCCUCCGAAGGCUUCCUUCAUCUUCCUCCGUCUGCUCUUUCAGCCCUGCCGUCCUGCCUCUCCCCUUGCCCAAGCGGGGUGCAGUGCAGAGCCCUCUUUUGGAGGGGGCUGCUCAUCCCUUCCCCUCCUCCUCCUCCUCCUCCAAGAGCAGCUGCUCGAUGGUGCACAGCUUGGGGGGGGAGGUGAGGCACUGUGCCAUGUCCCCCUUGGGCUGCUGAGGCUCAGCGUGGCCCUGCCAGAUAUCUGCCCGCUGCAGGCACGGGGCGUGGGCCACGGCGGGUGCCUAUCUGCCACCCUCGCCCCGUGCUGCCAGCGCUGCUCCCUGGCCCGGAGCCGCUCUCCCGGGACUGUUUUUAUUGUUUUGUGUCUAUUUAUAGCCCAGGUGCUUAAAAAAAAAAAACAAAAACCAAACCAACCAAACAAAAAGGUGGGGUUGGGCCAAGCCCCCACCCGUGGCGCUGACGCUGGCGAUUUUGGGUGGGUUCGGUCCAGAUUUUUCUGCGGUGAGACAGCUCCCAGCGGCUGCUGAGCCAAGGCUGAGCGAGCGGAAGAGCCGCGGGGCGCUCGCGUUCCCGGGGAUGCUCCAGCACCCGGGGAUGCUCCAGCGCCCGGGGAUGCUCCAGCGCCCGCAGCCCUCUGCUCGCCGUGGGGGUGGUGCGUCCCUGCCAGCCCCUUCCGUGCGCCAGGGUGCGGCGUGGGGAGCUGCUGGGUGCUCUGGCUUUUUGGCAGUGCCCUGUUCCCCCCCCCCCCCGGCGGUCCGUGGGCUGUUUUUAAGUGUACUAUAGACUGUUUUUAACUCUGUGUGUGUGUAUUUACGUGUGUGUGUGUGUGUGUGUGUGUGCGGGAGGGGGGCGCAGCUCGGCCCAUGGGGGUCCUGCGCUCCUGCUGCUUGCCCGUGGCUGCCCUUGGUGAGUCUCCCUGCAUCCCAAAGGGCUGCUUGCAGGGGGCUUUGUGAGUGGGGGGGGGCCCUGCUCUGUCCUUGGUCCCUGACUCUGCUGGACCCUCACCAUCACCCAGGACUGUGUUGUGGCAGCACCCCCAACACCUGCUGGGGGUCUCUGCUGGGAGCUCCAGCUUUAAAGACACCAACUGCCAUUAACCCAGGGGGCCCCCAGGGUGUUCCCGGCACACCUUUGUGCCUCAUUUGCUUAUGUGACUCGGGUGGUGCUGGGGAACAAUAAACCACAGUGCUCCCCA